AUGGCCGACCCGCUGGAGGAGCGUACCGCGCGGCUGCUGGCUGACUACCUGGAGUACUGCGCCCGGCCGCCCGGCAGCCCCGAGCCGCGGCCGUCCUCGCCCGAGGCCGCCGUGCUGCGCUCCACGGCCGCCAGGCUGCGGCAGCGGCACGCCUCCUUCUUCUCGGCCUUCGUUGACUACCCCGGGAGCCGCGUGGACCUGACGGCGCGGAUGGCCGAUGCCGUGCUCUCUGGCAGCCGCGACCUCAGCUGGGGCCGCGUGGUGACGCUCGUGACCUUCGCGGGGACGCUUCUGGAGCGAGGACCGCUGCUGCCCGCCGGGGGGCAGCAGCGGGGCUUCAGGCCCCGGCGGAAGAAGGAGGAGGGCGACGUUGCGCGGGACUGCCAGCGCCUGGUGGCCUUGCUGAGCGCGCGGCUCGCGGGGCGGCACCGCGCCUGGCUGCAGGCUCAAGGCGGCUGGGAUGGCUUUUGUGUCUUCUUCAGUACACCCUUACCACUAACUUUUUGGAGAAGACUGCCGGUUCAGGCGUUUGUGUCAUGCCUUUUAGCAAUGGCCUUCAUCUAUUUUUUCUGGACACGAUUAUUAUGAGUUUUGAAAGUUUUAACCCAUUUCUACCUGCCUAACCGUGACCAGCUA